AUGACCAUGGGCAAGAUUAUCUUCUAUGAGGACAGGAACUUCCAGGGUCGUUCCUAUGAGACCAGCAGCGACUGUGCUGACAUGUCCUCCUACCUGAGCAGGUGCCACUCCUGCAGGGUGGAGAGCGGCUGCUUCAUGGUCUACGACCGCACUAACUACAUGGGAAACCAGUUCUUUGUCAGGAGGGGAGAGUACUCUGACUACCAGCGUAUUGGAAUGAGUGAUUGCAUCAGGUCUUGCCGCAUGAUCCCCAUGCACAGAGGCCAGUUCAGGAUGAGGAUCUAUGAGAGGGAGAACUUUGGUGGUCAGAUGAAUGAGCUGAUGGACGACUGCGACAACAUGAUGGACCGCUAUCGUAUGUCCGACUGCCAGUCCUGCAACGUGAUGGACGGCCACUGGCUGAUGUACGAGCAGCCCCACUACAGAGGCAGGAUGAUGUACCUGAGGCCUGGAGAGUACAGGAGCUUCAGGGACAUGGGCAUGAGUGGCAUGAGGUUCAUGAGCAUGAGGCGUAUCAUGGAUUCCUGUUAUUAG